AGGAGGAGGGCCCAGCGGACCCUGCGCCCUCGCCUGCAGCCAGCGGUCACAGCAGCAGAAGCCACAGUCGCUGUCUCCCCGCGGCCCACCGCCACCAUGGUGAAGAUCGUGACAGUGAAGACGCAGGCGUACCCGGACCAGAAGCCUGGUACGAGCGGGCUGCGGAAGCGGGUGAAAGUGUUCCAGAGCAACGCCAACUACGCGGAGAAUUUCAUCCAGAGCAUCAUCUCCACGGUGGAUCCGGCGCUGAGGCAGGAGGCCACACUGGUGGUGGGCGGGGACGGCCGCUUCUACAUGACCGAGGCCAUCCAGCUUAUCGUCCGCAUCGCCGCCGCCAACGGGAUUGGCCGUCUGGUUAUUGGACAGAACGGCAUCCUCUCCACUCCUGCUGUGUCCUGCAUCAUCCGAAAAAUCAAAGCAAUCGGUGGGAUCAUUCUGACAGCCAGCCACAAUCCAGGAGGGCCCAAUGGAGAUUUUGGGAUUAAAUUCAAUAUUUCUAAUGGGGGUCCUGCUCCAGAAGCAAUCACUGAUAAAAUUUUCCAAAUCAGCAAGACAAUUGAAGAAUAUGCCAUUUGCCCUGACUUGAAGGUAGACCUCAGUGUUCUGGGAAAGCAGCAAUUUGACCUGGAAAACAAGUUCAAACCCUUCACAGUGGAGAUUGUAGACUCGGUGGAGGCCUAUGCCACAAUGCUGAGAAACAUCUUUGAUUUCAAUGCCUUGAAGGAGCUACUGUCCGGUCCAAACCGACUGAAAAUCCGCAUAGACGCCAUGCAUGGAGUUGUGGGACCAUACGUAAAGAAGAUCCUCUGUGAGGAACUUGGUGCCCCCGCAAACUCAGCAGUGAACUGCGUUCCCCUGGAGGACUUUGGAGGCCACCACCCUGACCCCAACCUCACCUAUGCUGCUGACCUGGUCGAGACCAUGAAGUCAGGAGAGCAUGAUUUUGGGGCUGCCUUUGAUGGUGAUGGGGAUCGGAACAUGAUUCUGGGCAAGCAUGGGUUCUUUGUGAACCCUUCCGACUCUGUGGCCGUCAUCGCCGCCAACAUCUUCAGCAUUCCGUACUUCCAGCAGACUGGGGUCCGUGGCUUUGCCCGCAGCAUGCCCACAAGUGGCGCCCUGGAUCGGGUAGCAAAUGCCACAAAGAUCGCUUUGUACGAGACUCCAACUGGCUGGAAGUUUUUUGGGAACUUGAUGGAUGCAAGCAAACUGUCCCUUUGUGGGGAGGAGAGCUUUGGGACUGGUUCUGACCACAUUCGUGAGAAAGAUGGACUGUGGGCUGUGCUGGCCUGGCUCUCCAUUCUGGCCACCCGAAAACAGAGCGUGGAGGACAUCCUCAAAGACCACUGGCAGAAGUUUGGUCGGAAUUUCUUUACCAGGUAUGAUUACGAGGAGGUGGAAGCUGAGGGUGCAAGCAAAAUGAUGAAGGACCUGGAGGCCCUGAUGCUGGACCGCUCCUUUGUGGGGAAGCAGUUCUCAGCAAACGAUAAAGUCUACACUGUGGAGAAAGCUGAUAACUUUGAAUAUAGUGACCCCGUCGAUGGAAGCAUUUCAAGAAAUCAGGGCUUGCGGCUUAUUUUUGCAGAUGGUUCUCGUAUCAUCUUCAGACUGAGUGGCACCGGGAGUGCAGGGGCCACCAUUCGACUGUAUGUUGAUAGUUAUGAGAAGGAUGCUGCCAAGAUCAAUCAGGAUCCCCAGGUCAUGCUGGCUCCCCUGAUCUCCAUUGCUCUGAAGGUGUCCCAGCUCCAGGAGAGGACAGGACGCACUGCCCCCACUGUCAUCACCUAAAAAGAUGGCCAGACGUGGUACGUCCCUCCACCCAGGACCUAUCCACGCCACCUGAUUGAAGAGCAUGGACAGAAACAGUGUAUUCGCCUGGGCUUUUUAGGACUUGAUUUUUUUACAUCCCACUUGAUGAAUAGCCAUUUGUGGGGCACUGCCACUGUAUGUGGGAGAGGGGAAGCAGACCUGAGGGCCCACACUCACGACUGUUCCCUCUCUUGUCCUGUUGAACCGCUGCUGUGUGGGCCUUUGUCUCCUAGCAUCAGGUACUGUUUACAUCACAGUGGAAAGUCUGGGGCUGAGGGUCAGCACUAAGGCUAUCUUCUGUCUGUAGGGUGUGCCCAGUGUGUGACAGCAGCAGCAGCAGCACUAAGGACAUCUCUGUCAUAGGAUGUGCCAGCCAAAUGGUAUUGAAGUUCCUGCUCCACUGUGAAAGUCUCCCCAUUUACUGUUUACAUGCAGUCUGACAGUACGGUUUCUGGUGCCUUCUCUCUAAUCAGUUUUCCUCUGAGUGAGACAUGCUUCUCUACAGAUCUCUGCCUUGUUUUGCAGCAUGAUCCCAUCUACACAGAUAUUUGAGAUAUUAAACAGAAUGCACUACUGUU